AUGGCCUCAAGGUUGCUCCGCGGAGCUGGAGCGCUGGCCGCGCAGGCCCUGAGCGCCCGCGGUCCCAGGGGAGUCUCCGUGGUGCGCCCUAUGGCGUCUGGAGGUGGUGUUCCUACUGAUGCUGAGCGGGCGACUGGGCUGCAGAGGGAGGUCAUGCUGGCUGCACGCAAGGGUCUGGACCCGUACCAUACGCUCGCCCCGAAGGCAGCCUCAGGCACCAAGGAAGACCCUAAUUUAGUCCGCUUCAUCACCAGGAAGCAGAUGGUGGGCUGCAUCUGUGAAGAAGACAGCAGUGCUGUCAUCUGGCUCUGGCUGCACAAAGGCGAGGCCCAGCGAGGCCCUAGCUGUGGAACCCAUUACAAGCUGGUGCCCUACCAGCUGGCCCACGGAGCCCCUGCACUAGCUCCCUCAAAAUGGGAUCUCUGCCCAGAGGCCCCCAUGGGCAGGCCAAGCUCUGGCUCCCCUUCACCGCACGGGGAAGGGUCUCCACACCACUCCCUGGCCGGCCAUACAGAGGCUGCCUCUCUGGAAAGCCUGGCCGGGAAGACAGUGAGUAAUGAAUCUCAGGGUAGUGGGUGGAGUGGGGAGGUGAGGGGCCCCGAGCGAAUAAAGGGGAUUUUGAGCCAUGUACUAAGUCGAACAUCCCUUGGUGCUAUUCAAGUAGAAGCAAUGCGCUUUCCACAGCGCUGUGUUGGAGAAGAAACCCGGCCUCGACUGGCAACUGGGGAACCCACAGAGGACGUGUCUUGCUGCUCCCCUGGCAAGCACGCUGGGACCGUCGCUGCCCUUCGGCCGCUCUCUGUCUAA